AUAAUUAAAAUAUUUUUUACUUCGUAAAAUUAAUAAUAAUAAUAAUACUAUUAAAAUUUUCAAUUUGAAAAUGGGCACUGAAAACAACAAUGAAAAUUGUAGUGGUGAGUGAACCGACGACAUUAACACAUAGAUGGCUAACUUGCGUGCAAUUUUGGGUAAAAUAAGGUGUAAAAUGUUAAAACAGGGAGAGAGAGAGGGAGAGAGAGAGGGGUGUUCUGUCUUAGCAUUGAUCACCCAAGUAGAAGAGACAAGAGAGCAGUCCGGUUCCAAAAAAUGGAAGCUUGCAUGACGAAAUGUUGCAAUAGCAACUCUCUCUUGAGAGCCCUUAAUCCCUUUCGCAGCUCUUCCAUGUCCAUGCAAUUCCACUCUGUUAGAAAUUCGGUUAAAAAGGCAUACGAUGGGCUGCUGUUGGACGCCGCAGGCACUCUCUUGCAAUUGCCGAAGCCCGUGGAGGAGACUUACGCUGCCAUUGGGGCUAAAUACGGUCUGAAAGUGAGUUCAGCUGAAAUAAAGCAAGGAUUUAAGAGGGCUUUCGCUGCUCCCUGGCCCGAGAAGCUCCGUUAUGAGGGAGAUGGGAAGCCUUUCUGGAAACUUGUUGUUUCUGAAGCCACUGGUUGUUCCAAUGAUGAUUACUUCGAGGAAGUCUAUGAGCAUUAUGCAAAUGGCAAUGCAUGGCAUCUUCCAGAUGGAGCUUACGAUACAAUAUCCGUUCUCAAAAAUGCUGGAGUCAAAGUGGCUGUCGUGUCCAAUUUUGACACCCGAUUAAGGAGGGUAUUGAAGGACCUCAGUGUCAUAGAUCUGUUGGAUGCUCUAAUCAUAUCUUCAGAGGUUGGUUAUGAAAAACCAGAUGCAAGGAUAUUCAAAGCUGCUUUAGAUCAAAUUGGCCUGGACGCCGGCAAGGUGGUGCAUGUUGGGGAUGACCAUAAGGCAGAUAAGGUGGGAGCCAAUGCUGUUGGGAUCGAUUGCUGGUUGUGGGGGAAAGAUGUUAAAACAUUUGCAGAUAUACAUAAGUUCCUCCUCAUCUCAGAUUCUUCAUAGCUUCCAGUACUUUUUUAACUCCGCAAAUGGAAAAUAAAGUCUUGUUAUGAUGGGGUUGGCCAUUGAUUUGACCUCCAAGAUUGUUCCACAUGGUAGCAAUGGUGCUUUUACCUCCUAAUUGGAUUGAACUGUCACACAUAUUCACUUACUUUGUAUUUAUUUGGAUUUUGGAAUCAGGGACUCACGUCUUAAGCACAUUGAAAAAUUUUCUAUAUUGGGAAGCCCAUGGUUACUUAUUUGACUAAAAAUGGAAAUGGUUGUGACGAAUAUUUCCAGGUUGUACAUCCAACCAACCAGCCAAUAUUCGAGAUUACAUGCACUGCUUACCAAUCCUUUACAUUUCUCAGUGUAACCUUUCGAUUUUGAUAGAUUAUUCUUAAUGCUUUUGAAAUAUCAUAUGGCUCCAUGAUAUGACAUUCGCCACAUUUCCAGAGACAAAGCAUGAGUAGAAAUAGCCACGGGCAUACUCAAUACUACUACAAAAGAAAAUGAUAAAAGCAAAGAAAC